AAUUCGAAAUGAAUCGCCAGCUGGCGAACGGAAGCGGGACGGAGAAUGCUGCGGCUGGUGAUAAACACAGAGUAAUGGCGUCCUUUAUGCAUUGGAAAAUUGCGUUGGUGUUUCGUUUCCAGUUUGAAGACCCUUUUACCUUCUUGAAGCCGUGAUUUUAUUUUAGCAUUAAAAGUUGCAUUUAAACUUUUUUUUUUUUUUUUAUAUAUUUUUUUUGGUCCUAAGUGACCUUUAAACUUUACGGAGAUGUCCCAUAAAGCUCCCCAUCUCGCUCCUAUCAAAGAAAUAAACAGAACCUACGUCAUUUCUGCAUGCAAAAACGUGCGAUCUCCUGCAGCAAACCUAAAGCUCCAGAGGAGGGAGACCAUUGUGAAGAGUUCUCCCCAAGUGGAGCAGUCGGGUCAGGACAAAGAUGUCGCUCAGCGGGAGGAACCGGAGAAGCGUCUGACUUUACAGAGACGGCCAAGAACUGGAUCCAUCGAGAAGGACGAGGCCGAGAAGAAUGUCAAGUCCGCAGAACCGGUCACAACCAACCAGAGUGAAUCGAGGACUAAACCGACCAAUACCAAUGGAAAACCGCUUCAUCCCAAACUUCUAUUCAUGGGACAUAAAGCUGGAAAUCCUCUCGCCAACGGAUCGUCAGAUUACGGAAAGUUUCAAAGCUUGAAGAACGCGAAGGAAAAUGAUCCGGAUAAAAACGUACGUAGUUUGGGCCAAGAUGUCGCAAAGACACCAGGUGUAAAAAGUCUGGAAAACCAAAAAACGCCCAAAAGUGGGACUUUGGGUCUGAUGAGGUCAUUGUCAACUCGGGAAGUAAAAAGCCCCACGGUAACCCCGAAACGCCCGGUAGGAACCCUACCUGCCGCCCACAAAAAGGUCACUUCUAUGAUUGGUCAGAUCGAGAAGACUCUGGAUUUGAGUUUUCCAUCUCAAGCUUUGAGUGAAAAGGAUGAGACCGGUAGCCAUCAUGCCUCCAACAUGGACAAUAGCCACAAGGUCGAAAACUGUGCGGUGACUGUAGCCGUGAGAGUCCGACCAUUUAGUGCCAGGGAAAUGAAUGAGGACGCCACCCGGGUUGUCUUUAUGACCGGACAGGAGACCGUCGUCCAACAUCCAGAUUUCAAGCAAAACCACAGCUUUCUCUAUGACUUUUCUUUUUCAUCUUUUGCAAAAUCCGAUCCCAAUUACGCCAAUCAAGAAAAAGUGUAUGAGAAGCUGGCGGCCCCUCUGCUGGAGUGGUCACUGCUGGGAUACAACACCUGCUUGUUCGCCUAUGGUCAGACAGGAUCCGGAAAGUCCUAUACUAUGAUGGGUUUCGGUGAAGAACCAGGAAUCAUACCAAGGUUUUGUGAGCACCUCUUCUCCCAGAUUCAGACUGUGAAACAGAAGGUUUCCUUCCAUUUGGAGAUGAGCUACUUUGAAGUGUACAAUGAGAAGAUACACGACCUUCUGGUUUUUAAGGCCGAUAAUGGACAGAAGAAGCAACCGCUCAGGGUCCGGGAACAUCCACUGUUGGGUCCAUAUGUAGAAGACCUGUCCACGAAUGUCGUCUCUUCUUUUCAUGAUGUUCAGAGUUGGCUGGAGCUGGGAAAUAAGCAGAGGGCGACCGCCGCCACAGGGAUGAAUGAUAAGAGCUCCAGAUCCCACUCGGUGUUUACUGUCAUUGUGACCCAGACCAAGACAGAGCUUGUGGAUGGGGAUGAGCACGAUCACCGGGUUACCAGCAGGAUCAACCUUGUGGAUCUGGCAGGCAGUGAGAGAUGUACUACAGCAAAGACCAGCGGAGAGCGACUCAAGGAAGGUGUCAGCAUCAACAAAUCCUUAUUGACCCUAGGAAAAGUGAUCUCUGCUCUAUCGGAGAGCUCUCAGAUGAAGAAGAAAGUCUUCAUCCCGUACAGAGAAUCCGUCCUCACCUGGUUGUUGAAAGAAAGUCUUGGAGGCAACUCAAAAACUGCAAUGAUCGCCACCAUCAGCCCCGCCAUCAGUAAUAUGGAGGAGACUCUGAGCACGCUGAGAUACGCAAAGCAGGCCCGACUCAUCAUAAACGUGGCAAAGGUGAACGAAGACAUGAACGCCAAACUUAUCCGAGAACUGAAAUCCGAAAUAGAGAAAUUAAAAGCAUCUCAACUCUCCGCCAGGAAUAUAGAUUCCGAAAAAUAUCGACGCUGUCACAGCGAAAUCGCAUCUCUCAAGAGUAAACUAAGCCAGCAAGAGAAGGAGAUGUCAGAGCUGCACAGGGCUUGGAGAGAAAAGCUGGAGCGAGCAGAACAAAGAAAGAAAGAGGAAACAAAAGAAUUACAGAAAGCAGGCAUCACCUUUAAGAUGGACAACCGCCUACCUAACCUGGUGAACCUGAAUGAAGAUCCUCAGCUGUCGGAGAUGUUGCUUUACAUGAUAAAAGAAGGAAAGACCACAGUAGGGAAAUAUCAAGAGGGUUCAUCUCAUGACAUCCAGCUGUCGGGGGCGCUUAUAGCAGAAGACCACUGUACCAUCACAAACAUUCACAACACAGUGACCAUUACCCCUACAGGAGACGCAAAGACCUACGUGAAUGGAGAUCAGAUUUCAUCCUCAACUGUUUUGCAUCAUGGGGACCGUGUUAUCCUGGGCGGUGACCAUUACUUCAGAUUUAAUCACCCGGUUGAGGUUCAGCAACUGAAAGGACCAUCGAGAAUUUCUUCUUUACCGUCAGAGCGGCCCAAAGACUUUGAAUUUGCAAAGAAUGAACUUCUGCACGCCCAGAGAUCCAAGCUGGAAGAAGAGAUCGAGGAGGCUCGACUGAGAGCAAAGGAGGAAAUGAUCCACGGAAUCCAGAUUGCAAAAGAGAUGGCGCAACAGGAGCUGAGCUCCCAGCGGUCGGCGUACGAAGACAGAAUCCGAGCUUUAGAAGCCGAGUUGAAGGAGGAGACGCAAAGGAAACAGCAACAGGAGAUGAGCAGCAAAAGAGCCGCCAGCAAAAUCCAACAGCUGGAGGAAGCAAGGAUGCAGCUACAGCAGGAAGUGCAGCAGAACAAGAGGCGAAUCGAAAUGGAGACUUUAGCGACCAAACAGGCUUUAGAAGACCACACAGUCCGGCAUGCCAAAAUUCUGCAAGCCCUGGAGAUGGAGAAGCAGAAAAUUGCCAAAGAAGUGGAGAUGCUUCAGCAAGAGAAAAACAACAAGGAAAGAGUUCAGCCAACUUGGAAUGCUUUAAAGCUUUCCGUGAUGAUUCAGGAAGCAAACACCAUCAGUGCAAAACUCCGGAAGCACACUGUGUUUAGUAGACAUGAUAUAUCAGAGAAGGAUAAAGAAAACCAACCUGGAGGUUCUGUCCAGAUCCUGGUUAGAAAUCUUAAGCUGGGCAUCGUGACGUUCUGGAGUCUCGAGAAAUUUGAAUACAAGUUGGCUGCGAUGAAAGAUCUGUAUGAGAAUAAUGGCAAUGGAAAGGAUGAUGACAUUUUCUAUGAUCCAGGAGAUGAAUGGGAGCCAGACCUAUCAAAAUCAUCAGCGUCGAAUUUCUCAAGGCGCAGGAGCAAAAGCCUCAUGAAGAACAAGAGGAUUUCUGGAUGCCUGUAUGAAAUACGAGUCCACCCUAUCCAGAGUCUACAGUCCGGACAUACAUCAGGUUUAAUGAAUAAGUCCAGCAGUUUCCUUAGUAAGUCCAGCAGUGUCUGCUCCAACCCCACGGAUUCACAUCUUCCCGGGAUCUGUAAGGAUCUAAUAGGAUCUGCCCUGGAUCACCUGGGUCAGAGCCAUACGGAUGAGAGCAGCAUAGCGGACAGUGUGAUCGGCUGUGUACGCGGGGUGUGCUCUGCGGUCCACGCGCUGUCUCUGGCCUAUGAACAGCAGGAUGACGACGGCACAGAUGCCUUGUUCCUGGUCAAUCGCACAGCCCAGUUACAGAGCGUACGAAUGACGUCGGCCUUUCAGCAGCUCGUCGCGUUAAGCAAACAUUGGCUGGACAACCUACCCGAAAACCAGGCGACUUCCCGACUCGCCGACAACGUGGUACUGUGUGUUAAGAAGUUGGGAGGAUACUUGCAGCUGCUCCUACAGGGUUCUUGCUCAGAUAUAUCGGCCAUGGUUAGAGAAGCAAAGGAUAAAGUCAACCGUACGACAGAGCAGAUUCUGCAGAGCAUUGGAAGCCUGGCUGUCCUGAAUGACACUGAACUACAUCUACCAGAAGAGGAGUCUGCAGAGGUCCAUGGCCUCCAGAAAUCUAUCGGGGAUUUACUUUACACAGGAAUGUAUUUCGGAUUAGAGAGUCUGAUGGACAGUGGGAUACAAGCAUCUAACACCAUGCAGACAGAUCUGGAGAGAUGCUCUGUGUAUGAUAAGGUUCUUGAAGAGAUAAAGAAGAAUUCCAGAACAUUAUCUUCUUUCAUUCAGAACAGUCUAGCCUCCUGUAAAAAGCAAAUCUCUGACCGCCUGGUGAAAGACGCAUCCUUUAGUGUUCGGAGCUCCCUGAGCGCAGGGCUGCGCCAAAUCACGAAUAGCAUUGACCUUCUGCGACAUAAUGUUGUUUCUAUAUUAAAAGGUUCGGACGUAAACGCGUCGGCGAUUCUUACGUGUCUGAAUGACCUCAACUCGUCAUCAAGUCAAGUGAACAAAGGCCUGUCCGCCCAAGUCAUCGGCCUCCAUGAGCUUCACGCCUUGUUGGAGUCUCUGUCGGCCGCCAUUCACAAGAGGUACAGCGGCAAACCCUCCCAUAAGGCUCUGAAUGUACAGAGCUUAGAGGCAUCAAGUCACGGGGUGUUCUCGCCUAGUACCAUCCAGUGGGUGUAAUUUCAUACACACGUCAGCGAAACCUGAUGAUUCCAGCAGAGCCGACCGCCCAUCUAGUGUAGGGUUUCCCAACCAGUGU